AUGUUACGCCGCCACCCGUGCCUCUUACGCUUCGACGCCGUCGGGCGACGCCUUUCAACGCAGGCAACGCCCAAUUAUCGCCGUAUGAUCCUCGAAUCACGCGUGUAUGACGUGGCGGAACAGACGCCGCUGCAGGAAGCACCAGCCUUGUCGCACGCGCUGCAGAAUCGCGUGCUGCUCAAGCGCGAAGACCUGCAGCCUGUUUUUAGCUUUAAAAUUCGCGGUGCAUAUAAUAAAAUGGCCAACUUGUUGGCCGAAGAGAAAGCGGCCGGCUGCGUGUGUUGCUCGGCUGGCAAUCACGCGCAAGGCGUGGCAUUAUCAGCCCGCAAGCUCGGCAUACGUGCCAAGAUUGUAAUGCCGUUGGCCACGCCGGACAUUAAAGUGAACGCUGUGCGUCAUCAUGGUAAAGAAUAUGUCGACAUUGUCCUCCAUGGCAAGACGUUCGAUGAUGCUGCAGCUGAAGCACGGAGACUUGUGCAGGAGGAAAAGCUCACGAUCAUUUUGCCUUUUGAUGACCCACAUAUUAUUGCUGGACAGGGAACAGUUGGCAUGGAGAUUCUACAACAGACUAGUGGAUCGGGAGACAAGCUGGACGCCAUAUUUGUCCCGGCAGGAGGAGGCGGUAUGCUCGCGGGGAUUGCGGCGUGGGUCAAGCAGAUCCGACCGAGUGUCAAGGUCAUUGGUGUUGAGGCGGCGGAUGCCGCAGGUAUGACGGCAUCACUGGCAGCUGGAAAGGUUGUGGAACUGAAGCAUGUCGGACUGUUUGCAGACGGUGCGGCGGUAAAACGUGUGGGAACGGAGACCUUUCGAGUGUGUGCUGACUACGUGGAUGAGAUGGUGACAGUAUCGACCGACGAGAUUUGUGCUGCUAUCAAAGCGGGGUUCGAUGACACCCGUGCGAUCCUUGAACCGGCAGGUGUACUGUCGAUUGCCGGUAUGACGCAGUAUGCCAAAACGCGCGGACUCUCGGGGUGCCAUUUUGUUGCUGUAACGUCUGGAGCUAACAUCGACUUUGCUCGUCUGCGUUUUGUGUCCGAGCGUGCGGAUUCGCAUGAAAGACUACUUGCAGUGGAGAUCGACGAAACUCCUGGUGCCUUUAUGUGCCUCAAUCGCCGACUAGACGCCUUGGGUGUUCGUAUUACUGAAUUCAGCUACCGCUACGAUGACGCUAAGAAAGCACGCGUGCACCUGUCAUUCCACUCGCCAACUUCUCAACACGCAACUGCUGCUAUCCGUGAGCUUCAGCAAGAAGAGUCUUCAUUGGGUUUCGCGCAUAAUGGCGCCUACCAGGUACUGGAUCUGUCGGACAACGAGCUGGCCAAGGUCCACACGCGAUAUUUGGCUGGCGGCCGAGCUCGUGGUAAUGUACACGAAGAGCGAUUGUACCGCUUCGAGUUCCCUGACCGUCCACGCGCGCUGGCUACGUUCUUGGAGGCGCUACAAAGCUCUUGGAACAUCAGCCUAUUUCACUACCGCAACCACGGCGCUGAUGUCGGUCGGGUACUAGUGGGUUUCCAAGUUGCUGAAAAGGAUCACGAGCGCUUUCAGACUUUUCUGGACCAGUUAGCUUAUGUCUUUCACGAGGAAACAGACAAUCAGAUAUACCAGGAGUUUAUACUCUAA